UCCUGAUAUUAUUUUCAGACAGUUUAUUUUGUACAAGACUGCAAAACGUAUCGCGUCUAAAAAAAAGAAACAAACAAAUUUUUACAUUUUUAGUAUACAGUUUAUCAAGAACAACAAAUGUCAACUCUCCACCCGAUUUCUGUCGAUGACGAAAACAAGAUACUAUGGCAUCCAAUUUUACACGUUGACCAAAUGGGCCCAGAAAAAAGUAACGUAAUGAAACGAUUGUGGCGUGCUUUCAACUACUGGAUAAAUUGUCCUAAAGGCAAACAAAGAAUUAUUGCCGAGAUAGGUGACAAUCUGUACAAUGUCGGUCUUCUCCUCGACGAUAUUGAAGACAAUGCAAUCCUUCGCAGAGGAGCUCCCGCAGCCCAUUUAAUUUAUGGACUUGCUUCAACUGUAUAUGCAAUCAUAUACCGAAUGAUUAUUUUGAUUGAACAACUCUUAGACGUAUCAGAAAACAAGGAAAUUGUCACCGACUAUGUUAUAGAAGCGGGUACUCAGUUGUUAAGGGGUCAGGGAGUGGAAAUUUAUUUUAGAGACACUUGUAUUUGCCCUACAUAUGAAGAUUACAAACACAUAAUUAAUGAUAGAUGGGUUAGUUUGCUUAAUUUUGGACUGCGAAUGCUACAAUUAUUUGUCGAGAACGAGAACAAAGAUUUUACUUCAUUACUAACAACAAUAAGUGUCUUUAUACAAAUUUAUAACGAUUAUAUAAACCUACACAACCCGAAGGCAGGCGCAAACACUUGCCUAAUAAACUUAUUAAUACCUUUAUCUUUUCAGUAUUCUAAUGUUAAAACAUACUGCGACGAUAUUACCGAAGGAAAAUUCACUUUUCCUAUGAUACAUGCCAUUCGUACUCAUCCUGACGAUCACCACUUAAUAGAUAUAAUAAGGAAAAGACCUACAGACCUUGAAACAAAAAAAGUAUUUGUCAACAUACUCGAGAGCUUUGGAAGUUUUGAGUACACUAGGAAAACACUGGGUAAAUUAAGGGGUGAUAUUCUUUCUGAAGUAGACAAUUUACAGUUAAACGAAAACCCGUAUCUCAAGAGAGUGCUCGAAGAUAUACUAAAUAACUUAGAAACGGAAAUUUAUUUUGACCGCUGUGAUUAAAUAAACUCAUAUUAAACCAUAUUCUGGACGUUCAGUUUAAAUUAUUCUCAAAAUUAUUGCACAUUCAUGAAAAAUUUCACUAACUACUAAUUUCACGGAAAGGGAGUAAAUUUCAUUUCUUAAAUAGAUUUAAAUUAAGUUUAUAAUUAAAAAAAAAUAUAUUUGUAACAUAAUUGGUGUAAUUUUAAUAUUUUAUGCCUUUUGGUUUGAACGGAAUAUCGAACAAUAGCUGUUGAUUCCUCUGUAGCUUUAAUUUAUCACUCAGUUAAUUAUUUUGUUUUGUUGCAAUAUAUAUUCUGAGCAGUUGGGUCAGGUAGAAGUUUUAAUAGUACAUAUGUACGAUAGGAUGAAGUUCAGGAAAUAUAGGGUGAUGUAUGAUUUGUGAAGGGGGUUUUAGAUUUAGUAAAAGUGACUGUUUUGUAUUGUUGCAUUCUAUAUAUUUUCACUUUUUGAAUAAAUCUUAAUGUGUCUUCCUA